GCCCAACCUACCAACCUGGCAGCCACCUCCCAAUCAUCACCACCGGCCGGCCAGCCAGCCCACGACAGCCCAGAGAAAAGUGGCCAGUCCCACUGCCCACGUCUUUCACACCUGCACCUUCCUGCAACGAGCCCACAGUAGCGUCUGUCAACCGUGAGCUUCCUGCGACCUUCCCUCCAACCGGUCGCGGCCAGUGUCCAUCCGCCGCAUGGCCUGCGAUGCGGUGAUACUGACUCAUCCACGUGCGAGUCUUGGUCAGCGUCGUCUGUCUGAUUCCGAGCAUCAGCUCGAAACCUGACGGGGCCCCUUCCUCCGCCCGACCCCCGGCCCCCCGAAUCCGGGCCCUGAACCUCCUGCCUGCCCCUUGAAACCAUGACCGAGAAAGACGAGGACCCCGUAUAUCCUCAGUACUGCUUCCACCUCUCUCCUACCAUCAACAGGUUCUGUCCUCUGAGGUCCAGCGACAUCGACAGUCUUACUACGCACCCAGGUUUCGAAGGACAAGACGUCUUCUUUCGCAGAAACCUUCCGCUACGAUGGGUCCGCAUUACCGGCAUGGUAGUCGCUGUCGACGAAUUCCCCCACCGCCGCAUCUACACUGUCGAUGACAGCGACGGCUCGUGUAUUGAGUGCGUCGCCGACCUACCCAAGGCCGAAUCUCACGACCCCUCGAGGGCUACCGGCCCAAUUGUCCCGAAAGAUGUCGACGUCGGCGCUGUCGUGGAUGUCAAGGGCGGCUUGGCCUUGUUCAGAGGUAAUAAGCAGAUCAAGAUUGAGAAGCUGGCAGUCUUGCGCUCGACCACCGAGGAGCUUGCGUUGUGGGAGAAGGCCAGGCAGUUCAGAGGCGACGUGCUGGACAAGCCUUGGAAGCUAACGGAUAGGGAAAUCAGGAGGUGUCGCAAGGAGGCAGAAAGGCAAGACUGAUCGACCUGACCUCCAAGACAUCCCUCAUUCCGGCAUGGCGCCAUCUCGACUACGUCUUGAACCUCACCGCGGGCUCCCAUGCAGACACGAUUGUUCCUAACCACAGCAACACAACCGCGUCCACAUUUUGAAGCUCGACGAGCACAUGCGAAGGAGACUCCCAGGGGUGACCCAAGUAACACUCCGCUAGUCUUCUACGGACGACAUGUCCGCUAGGAAGUCGGCGCCGACGCCUGGAAUUGCGUGCCUUGCAAUCGGCUUUGUUGCCGAUGUCUGCCUGGCCAUGGUGGACACAGUCGCGCAGCCCUAACGUGUAGGGCCGACAAGAGACCAAGGCCGUAUCAGUUCUCGCACCCCUGCCCAGCGUAUUGCGCAUGAGUGCGGCACAGGAUCUAGGGGUCGUACGCACGCCACAGUAACAGAACAACCUAUUUUCGGCACACGCCAAGCCUUAAUCAUCAUGACCGCCUUUGGGGCCCAAGUGCUCCGUAAGCGCACUACCAUUUGAGGAUAGCACUGCUACAUGGAUCGUGGAAACUUUCCAGGAGCUUCCUUCAUGAUGCAACAUUGAUGGUUCUUCCGAGACACCAGCACGACUUUGCCGAGUUGUCGGACUCAAAGAAGAGUCGCAGUUGACGAGAUGUGGCCUCGGACAAUUCACGCACCCAGCCCGAAUGCUCCAGAUUUAGCAGUUUUGAUAGCGACCGCGAUGGUGGUGGGGCCGUGGACCGUCGGAGAUGGCGGAUGGCGAAUCAUCAGGAUCGUCAGUGUGUGCGUUGGUGUGCGCGCGCCAACGUCGGAGACCCUGAGCGACGUGGACGUGGCACAUGGCUACGAUACACGAUGUCACGGUUACUCAGUAAUGUUGACACGGAAGCACCACGCAGUACUGCACAGGCUUUCUGGUCGACGGUUGUCCCGUAAGUCGUCAGCUGCCGAGAGUCAUUUCCGCGCACGAGAGCUGGUUGUUGGAGCAGAGCCGAGCGGUCUCCAGUAGUGCCUACUACAGGGGCCAGGCCGGAUUGUAGAUCUACGGUUGACAACCAGCGCCUUUUAUUUAAGCGCUGAACUAGAGAGAAUCCCACUUUUUUCUACCA